AAUAAAUAUUCUCUGGCUCUGGCUCUGGCUCUGUUCUGUUCUGUUUUUAUAGGGAAACGUUUUUCAUUCUCCCUUCUUCCUUGAUCAUUUUAAUUUCUUCUUCUUCUCUGGGAAAGAAGAAGAAGAAAGAAAUUUACAGUUCAGAAAAAGAAUGGUAGAAAUGAGUGAAAAUAACAACAACAAUGGUAAAGAGAAAUUAGUAGUGGAAGUACUAGGAGCACACAAUCUGAUGCCAAAAGAUGGAGAAGGAUCAUCAUCAGCAUUUGUUGAAGUAGAAUUUGAGAAUCAGAGAUUAAGAACACAAGUCAAAUACAAAGAUUUAAACCCAGUUUGGAACGAAAAGCUGGUUUUUAAUGUCGAGCAAGUGAGUGAUUUACCUUACAGAACAUUAGAAGUGAACAUUUAUAAUGAGAAGAAAACAGGGAACAGUAGAAAUUUCUUGGGGAAAGUGAGAGUUACUGGUUCUAAUAUUACUAAACAGGGGAAUGAAGCGAUUCCUCAGUUGUAUACUCUUGAUAAAAGGAGUUUGUUUUCUCAUAUUAGAGGUGAGAUUAGUUUGAAGCUUUAUAUUGUGAAUAAUCAUCAAGGAAAUGAGCUUCUUAAUGUGAAUUCAUCUUCUUCUGGGGGUGUUAAUGAUGUUGGGGGUAAUGAUAAUGGUGGAAAUACGGUGGUUACAAAUCAGAAGCAGAAACAAAAGCAGAAGAAGAUGUUUCAGCAGCAGCAACAGCAGAAUCAGCAGCAACAGCAACAGCAUCAACAACAACAGCAGCAACAGAGGCAGCAACAGCAACAACAGCAGCAACAGAAGAAUCAACAUAAGCAGAAUAUGAUUUUGCUGCAAAAUCAAGAGCAGCAGCUUCUACAAAAUCAUCUUGGAGGCAUAAAUAACAAUCAAGGUGAGCUCAAACCUGUAAUUAUUACUACAAAUGAUCAUGGUCAUGGUCAUAAUCCAAGUAUUAUACCUCAUCAACCUGUGAUUAAUUCUGGGGGUUUUCAUGGUUUUGGAUUUGGGGGUGGUUCUGGUGAAUUUGCUCUGAAAGAAACUAGUCCACAUUUAGGAGGUGGGAUUAGUAACAAAGAUAAAACUAGCUCAACUUAUGAUUUGGUUGAGCAAAUGCAGUAUUUAUAUGUUCGUGUUGUUAGAGCAAGAGAAAUGGUUUCUGUAUUUGGUGGUGGAACUGAGUUAAUGGCUGAUGUCAAGCUUGGAAAUUACAGGGGAAUUACAAAGAAGAGUGUGUCUAAUAAUCCAGAAUGGGAUCAGGUUUUUGCUUUCUCGAAAGAUUGUAUUCAGUCAUCAAUGGUGGAAAUUUUUGUUAGAGAGAAAGAAAAAGAUGAUUUCCUGGGUAAAAUUUGGUUUGAUUUGAAUGAAGUGCCAAAGAGGGUUCCGCCGGAUAGUUCAUUAGCUCCACAAUGGUACAGAAUGGAAGAUAGGAAGGGGGAAAAGGGUAAAACUGGUGAAAUUAUGGUUUCUGUUUGGUUUGGUACUCAAGCUGAUGAAGCAUUUGCUGAGGCAUGGCAUUCUAAAGCUGCUAAUGUUUCUUUUGAUGGUCUUUCUUCAAUUAAAUCAAAAGUUUAUCUCUCGCCGAGGCUCUGGUAUCUCAGGGUCACUAUUAUUGAAGCUCAAGAUCUUGUACCAGGGGAGAAAGGGGGUUCAUUGAUGAGAUAUCCGGAGUUAUCUGCAAAGGUGCAGAUUGGGAACCAGGUUUUGAGAUCGAGAACUGCUUCUGCGGUGGCUAAUCGAGGGCUUUCGAACCCGUUCUGGAAUGAUGACAUGGUGUUUGUUGUUGCUGAGCCGUUUGAAGAUUUUCUUAUGGUUUCUGUUGAAGACAGAAUUGUUCCUGGUAGAGAUGAGGUUUUGGGUCGGGUUGUUGUUCCAGUUACAACAAUUGAACGGAGGAAUGAUGAUAAGCCUGUUGUUUCCAAAUGGUAUAGUCUUGAAAUGCAUUAUAACAUGGGUUCUGAUUCGAAAGUGGUGACCAGUUCGAGGUUUGGUUCUCGGAUUCAUCUUCGGGUGUCUUUAGAUGGUGGGUAUCAUGUUCUUGAUGAGUCAACAAUGUAUAGCAGUGAUACGCGUCCGACUGCAAAACAGCUGUGGAGACCAAAUGUUGGGGUUCUUGAGAUGGGGAUUUUGGGAGCAAGCGGACUGAUGCCAAUGAAGAUGAAGGAAGGGAAAGGAAGUACUACUGAUGCCUAUUGCAUUGCAAAGUAUGGUCAGAAAUGGGUCCGAACUCGGACAGUUGUAGACAGUUUGAUGCCUAAAUGGAAUGAGCAGUAUACGUGGGAGAUUUUUGAUCCUUGCACUGUUGUUACAGUUGGUGUGUUUGAUAAUUGUCACUUGGACAAGAACGCCAAUAUAUUUGGUAUGGGUGCUCGUGAUUCAAGGAUUGGUAAAGUCAGAAUCCGACUAUCGACCCUAGAAUCUGAUCGUGUUUACACACACUCGUACCCGCUGCUGAUGCUGCAUCCAACUGGUGUGAAGAAGAUGGGGGAGAUUCAGUUGGCUAUUCGGUUCUCUCUUGCAAACAUGUGUAAUGUACUUCACAUGUACAUGUGGCCGCUGCUUCCAAAGAUGCAUUAUCUUCAGCCGUUAUCCGUCAGUCAGGUUGAGAGUCUCAGGUAUCAAGCAUCAAAUGUUGUUGCAGCACGUCUUAGCCGAGCAGAACCUCCAUUGGGAAGAGAAGUUGUUGAAUACAUGCUUGACAAUGACUCGCAUAGAUUCAGUAUGAGAAGAAGUAAGGCUAAUUUCUUCCGUUUAGUAUCUGUUCUUUCAGGGUUUAUUGCUAUGGGUCGUACAUUGGAAAUGCUUAGAAGUUGGCAGAAGCCUGUUUACUCUGUUAUGUUCUUGAUGGUGUUUCUAGUGCUGGUGGCCUACCCGGAGCUUAUACUUCCAUCUAUACUACUAUAUAUCUCGGUUUUGGGUCUCUGUAGGUACAGAGGACGGCCUAGACAUCCAGUUCACAUGGACAUUCGUCUUUCCCACGCUGAAACUCCUUAUCCAGACGAAUUGGAUGAAGAAUUCGAUACAUUUCCAUCGACCCGAAGCAAUGAGAUGGUCCGGAUGAGGUAUGAUAGGUUGAGGAGUGUGGCUGGGAGGAUACAAACAGUUGUAGGUGACUUGGCUACACAAGGGGAAAGGUUACAAGCACUGCUUAGUUGGAGGGAUCCUCGUGCGACAUUCCUAUUUGUUCUGCUUUGCUUGUUUGCUGCUAUUGGGUUCUACGCUGUGCCGUUUCGUGUUGUGGUGGCAUUGUGGGGUCUGUAUGGAUUCAGACCACCAAAGUUCAGGAGCAAAUUGCCUUCACCAGCACUUAGCUUCUUUAGGAGGUUGCCAACAAAUGCUGAUAGCUUGUUGUAGGAGAGAAAGAGAAUGGAGGAGGCCUCUGGGGGUAUAGAAAAAGGAGUUACUGAAUUUGAAAGAAAAUGUAAUGUAGUGAAAAGACAUCAAGGAGAAAUGUACUUGUGUUUGUUUGUAAUGGGGGCUGGGGGUCUGUUUAUUUUAGAAUGUUGUAUUCUCUUUGAUUUGAAUAUAUCUAUUCUU